CAACGCCUCUCCAGUUUGAGCAUUCAUUAGGCAGCCUAGGCACCAAUUGGAAAGAACAGAAAUGAAGGGACUGAAGGGACUCUUGAUUGGGCUGAGCGCGGCCCCAGCCUUUCUCGCCGUCGAAGGCGGUCCAGCUGGUGCAGGUGGUGAAAUCAUCACCCAGCCCAGUUGUUUCCGCUUGAAAAACUGCACCUUUGGUCCAAAAUCCAUCGUGUAUGUCCCGAGCUAUCCACUGUACGCGACGCCACAGCAAUGUGCCCCCCCUGCUCCUGUGAGCACCACAGCCACGUCCGUGCUGAACCGAGGCGAGUUCACGCUGUCGACAUCAUCCAAGGUGCCGCUUCUGUUUGCGUCCAUUCCGUACGCAGAAUCUGCCAGUAUGAAGCAGGGCACGACGACUCAAUGGAACCUCCAAGCAACCCUCGACCAGUACACUGCCAACCACGCAGUGGCCCCGGGUCUAUUGAACGUCGACGCCGCGUAUUACGCGUGCGAGGAUCCCCACCAAGUCCACAGCCCCGCGCCGCUUCAAUGUACUUUGAAAUCGUGCGUUGCGUUCCCGGACACGUGGCCGCCCAAGUCGUUGGCUGUGUGCCCGUCGUACUUGUCGGCCAACACGGUCACAUACGGUGACAUGACGUUUUACACGCAUUUGAAGGACCCGUUCAAAGAACAAGACAUGUGGGGAAAAGUGCUGGACGAGUUUGUGCAGUGGAGCGAUCACGUGUCAAAUUUUCCGUGUGUGGUUUCCGACGUAGCUCAGUCUCGCUGUGACUCAUUUACCGUUUUGUCCAAGAGUUUGGGGCGGCGGACGGCAUUGGACCUCGUCGGGGGCUCGGAUUCCAACAAGCUCACCGUGUUGAGACAUUUGGGCACCCCCACCGAGAGCGAGCUCGUCGAGCUCAAGGCCAUCGCCCAGAAAAUGGACUUGACCCUCGACGCACCGAUUCCAGAUGCUGCCGCCGUGUGCACCAAAUGUGUGCAUACUGAACGUGUGUUGAAAGAAUGGGUUCACCCUGCAACGUGUGCGACCCCGGAGCUUACAGCACCGAAAUGCCAAGGCACGGAAACGUGCAACUUGAACCAUUGCGUGUCCUUUGUGCCUAAGGAUUUGUUCUCGGCCACGUUGGCGGUGUCCCCUCGAGCGUUGGAGCUAACCACCCAGGCCAAAUCCCGUCCCAUGGCCUCGCAGUUCAAGGACGAAGUCGUGUACGACUCAGCCUCCGACACUAUUCGGUUGGUGUACAUAACGAAGGUGGGCAAGGAAGAGCUGGCGGUCGACGGUUUGGUUGACGUGACCAGUGACAGCCGUGGCGCGUUCGUCAAGAGCCAAGUCACGUGGGUCGUGCAGCCGCCCUACGAGCCUGCCGUGAGACAGCCGUGGAUUGCUCUGAACGGCAGUCGCGUACUCCUUCGUGCUUUCCAGGGGCAGAACAAGCCCACGACUGUUGCGAUUACAGUGCGCGCGUGGACCCCCUGUGGUAAAAUUGCGUCGAAGAACUACCUGCUUCGUGUCUACCAAGAAGGAAGUCCGAAGCUCCGUGUUUUCAGUCGCGUGCGCAAGUACAUUGAAUCGCUGAUGGUUCAAGAAAAUGGAAGCGUGUCAUUCCUCGUCCUGAUCGGAGCGGUCGUGGUGGGCGCCGUGGGGGCGGUGAUGUGGACGACGACCGUCCGUCGACCUCGCGGUGGCAACGAUGACGGCUCGGCGGCGUACGUCCUCGUGGGGGACUCGACCAUGCUCUAAAUCCCAAGUCUUAUGCAUAGUAGUACUACUUUGGACUAACGACCCACGUAGUAGUAACGAGUUUGUAUGUUGAAUUUACUACUAGGAGUAUGGAGUACCCAUGCAAAUACACGUCUGUGAUUGGUUGGCGCGG